AUGUACCUUCCAAAUGGGAGCAUUGAACGUCACAAGGCUAGACUAAUAGUCCUAGGCAACAAACAAAAUUAUGGCAUUGAUUAUGUGGAGACCUUUGCUCCAGUUGUAAAAUUGACAACUGUUAGAGCUCUCCUUGUUGUUGCAGCAAUCGAUGAUUGGCAAGUGUCUCAAAUGGAUGUAAAAAAUGCUUUCCUUCAUGGGGAUCUUGAUGAAAAUGUGUAUAUGAAGUUUUCCAACGGUUACCAAGGGCCUAGUCUACCCAUUUCCAUUCAAGCUGCUCCUACUUCUCCCCUCAAAGUAUGCAAGCUUCAAAAAUCUCUGUAUGGCCUUAAACAGGCCCCUAGACAAUGUGACUCGAACACAAUUACUAACACCAAAAAAUCCCUUUCCUCUACAUUCCACAUGAAAGAUCUUGGUCCUUUAAUAUAUUUCUUAAGGAUUGAGGUUGACAGAUCUUCCCAUGGCAUCUUUCUCUCCCAGUUCAAAUACACCAUAGACCUCCUCGAAGAAUACAAAAUGUUGUCAUCUAAACCCCUUAAACUUCCACUAGACCCUAACAUCAAACUUACUCUCACUAGUGGUGACCCUCUACCUUACAUACCUGGCUAUCAACAACUCAUAGGCAAACUGAUUUACCUCACCUUGACACGCCUAGAUAUUUCAUUUGUUGUGUAUACUCUCAAUCAAUUUAUGCACCAGCCAACCACUGUACACAUGCAAGCUGCUAAACGAGUUUUGAGGUACUUAAAAAGCAAUUCAUCUCAGGGUAUACUUUUUGCUUUCAAUUCUAAAGCCAAGCUGAUUGCCUAUUGUGAUAGUGAUUGGGCGGGAUGUCCUAUGUCUAGAAAGUCCACCACAGGUUUUUGUAUUCUUCUAGGCAAUUCUGCUAUAUCCUGGAAAUCGAAGAAACAAGUUGUAGUGGCAAGAAGCUCUACUGAGGACGAAUAUCGUGCUAUGGUCCUUACCACAUGUGAAGUCCUAUGGCUCAUUCAACUCCUUAGGGACCUUGGCAUUUCUCAGACUGAUCCUACUCUUUUGCUGUGUGACAACAAAGGUGCCUUGUCUAUUGUUGCAAACCUUGUCCAACAUGAAAGAACAAGCAUAUAG